AUGACUAGUUUCUUCGUUAUUCAGGACGCCUUCGUCAUGGGUGCUUUCUUCGUCAUUAGUGUUUGCUUCGUCUGUGGGAUAACUUCACGAUCUCAAUCCAACUCCGCCAUUAAGAUCCAGUCCGCAUACCGGGCCCACGCGAUCCGCACCUUGUACAAAAAGAUCUCAGCCGUCAGCUCCGAAGCUGAUCACCUCCAGCGCUUAAUCCAACGGCAGGAAACGGUGGACGCAAUCCUCAGCAACGAGCGAGAGAAGCUGAGGAUGAACGAGGCCCUGAUGGGUAUGCUACUGAAGCUGGACUCGGUGCCCGGAGUUAAUCCGACGGUGAGGGAGGCGAGGAGGAAGGUGAGUCGUCGGAUCGUGGCGUUGCAGGAAAUACUCGACGCUGUUUCGGAGGCAAAGACGGUUUACGACGACGACUGUUACGAAUACGGGUUUGUGAGGAACUGGGACGACGUCGUUGCGAAGAUGGAGGAAGAGGUUUGUAGAGAAAGAGGGGGUGAUGAGAUGGAGAGGUUUUGUGCUGAGCAUUUGGGGUUUCGUUGCUUGAGAUUUCUCAGUGGGCCCUGAUCUUUUGUGCUCCGGUACAGACUCUACACCCCUAUAUAUAUAUAUAUAUAUAGUGUAUGUAUAGUUUAAUAGUUGAUUGUGUAAGUCUAAUCUAAUUUUCGUUUUCUGAUUUCAUUUGUAGAAGGAUCCAGAUGCACAAAAGU